AUGAGAAACAAAGGUAAAGUACACCCCUUAAUUGCUUCGUCUUCGUCUUCGUCUUCGUCGUACAGUGCUAGCAAGGAAGUUUUGUCUGUGUUAAAGCUAUUGCCUGCUGUUAUUUUGGCUUUAAUAUCGGUUCUUUCCUUUGAAGACCGUGAAGUUUUGGCUUAUAUGAUAAGCCGGUCUUUGAAAUUGACAAACACGCCAGUUUUUGCUGCCGAUGAGAGGAAGAUGAAGAAAUCGCCGGCGAAUGGUCACGGGCAUAAGCCACCGGCUUCUUUCGACUGCGAGUGCUUUGAUUGUUAUACUAGCUUUUGGUCCCGGUGGGAUUCUUCACCCAACCGUGAGUUGAUCCAUCAAGCUAUUGAAGCGUUCGAGGAGCACUUGAACAUUGGAGAGCAGUCCAGGAAGAGUAACAAUGGUAAGAACCGGAAAAAGGAGAAAUUGGGUCGCCGGAAAAGUGAGAAACUAGCCGAUGGUACUGUUGGGGUUCAUGAUUUGUUUAAGACGGAGGGGAAAAGUGAAAGCCUUGUUUCUCUGUUACCGGUACAGGAGACUGAAGCGUCAGCACCGAAGGAAGAUGGCGAGGUGACGGAGUGUGGGGAAAGCGAAGUGAAAGACGUGGUGGUUCCAAAGGAAGAAGAGGAGGUGGUGGCUUCGCCGCCGGUUGACCACAGCCACAAGGGUUUGGCUAGAAAGGUAUUGCCGGACGUCUUGGGGUUAUUCAAUUCCCGUUUAUGGGGUCUUUGGAAUCCAAAUGUGUAG